GUGAAAGGAAACUCGUUGGAAAUGCUUGUACUAGCAUAGCACGCGCCCUGUCAAAGCAUUUACAAUGAAAAUCAUCAAAAUGAACAGUGAUGCGAAAGCGGAAAGACAACGCAGAUCAUGAUAGCUCGUUUACUUCUUCAGUGCUGGAUGGCAGAUCCGAUCUAAAGCAUUGCAACAAAAACACAGAAGCUGCUUCAGAAGCAGAAGGUUCGGGGAAAGCGAUGCGAAGACGGUACAAGAGGGGUCUGAUGUGGAGGCUAAGGAGGAUACUAAUCUGGGUGCUGGGAAUUUACAUCGCCAUCCCUGUUAUUGUCAAACUCUGCCCAUCAAUACAAGCUAAAUUAGUCUUUUUAAACUUUGUGCGAGUACCGUAUUUUAUAGAUCUUAAGAGGCCGCUGGAUCAGGGGUUAAACCACACACAAAACUUCUACCUGCAGCCAGAGGAAGGAAUCAAUAUUGGCGUAUGGCAUACUGUACCCAUGGUGAUGUGGAGGGAGGCUCAGGGUAAAGAUGCUGAAUGGUUUGACAAAAGCUUCCAGUCCAAUCACCCUGUUAUCCUUUAUCUUCAUGGCAACGCAGGGACAAGAGGAGGGGAUCACAGAGUUCAGCUAUACAAGGUUCUCAGUUCAUUAGGCUAUCAUGUGGUCGCAUUUGAUUAUAGAGGUUGGGGUGACUCUGAGGGCAGCCCAUCAGAGAAAGGCAUGACGUCAGAUGCUCUUUAUCUAUACCAGUGGAUAAAGCAGCGGAUCGGCCAGAAGCCCCUCUACAUUUGGGGACACUCGCUGGGCACGGGAGUGGCCACCAACCUAGUGAGACGUCUAUGUGACAGGGGAACUCCACCUGACGCACUGAUUCUAGAGUCACCGUUUACAAAUAUCAGAGAGGAAGCGAAAAGCCACCCCUUUUCUAUGGUUUACAGAUUUCUACCAGGCUUUGACUGGUUCUUCCUUGAUUCUAUAACUGCAAACGACAUACGGUUUGCCAGUGACGAGAAUGUCAACCACAUAUCCUGUCCAGUUUUGAUUCUCCAUGCCGAAGAUGACACAGUUGUACCCUUCCAGCUGGGAAAAAAGCUUUAUGAUUUGGCCGCCCAAAGCAAGAGUUUGAACGGUCAUAACGUUCAGUUUAUUCCGUUCCCCGGCUCUCUGGGAUACAGACACAAAUUUAUCUACAAGAGUCCACAGCUACCAAAUAUACUCAGUGAUUUCCUCAGUACAGCGCAUCCGCACAUGUAGUGGAGAUCAAUUCACGUGACUGCCCUCUCUCACACACCAUCAGUCACACACACACAAUGUACUGUACAAUAUCUGCAUUGCGUACAUCAUGUGUACAUGCAUGGACUGAAGAUGCACUUAUAUAUUUUUUGCAUUCCUUUAUUUACAUAAAAGCUGGGGAGAAAGUAUCAUCUUUCAGAGAGUAACAGAGGGCCGGGCGAUUUGUUUUGCUGCCCCCCGUUAUCAUGGUAACAGAUCCGAAGACCCAGCUAGAGCACAGAGUAUGCAAAUUAUUAUGCUAAUAUGCAUAAAAUUAAUGCUUAGGUCACCUUCAAACUAAUAAAGAAGAAUGGGUUAAAUUUUAAUGGGGACUUUUCUAAGACCAGACUUGGAUCAAAGGGAUAAGCAGGACAGUGCAAUGCUAUGAUGUCAACUUGCCUGCUGAGAAAACUCACUUACUGACUAAGAUUUUAUUUUUACAAACAUAACAAAUCUGUUCGAAAAUAUGGACCUUAUUUCUAAAAUCCACUCAAUGUGAACAGUGAAAUGUUUUACGUUAAACAUGAAUAGUACAAUAAAUGUCAUUUGUUUUUCUUUUUCUCUUUUGAAUUAUGGAAUUUUGAAUUAUCUGAAUAUUGGCUGCAGGUUUGUGUGCUGCCUUGGCGUUUAAUCUUUUUUUAUUUGUAAGUGGAUAAACCAGAAAAUGUUAAAUGGGCAUUAGUCCACUGCAGCUUCUGUCUGUGUACCCUGCAUUGUUUGGCCGCCGGUAUACUUAUGCCACUCUAAAUGCUGCACAACUGCAGGCGAAAGUAAAUGAUUUCGUGAAAUGGGAAUUCCAUUUCCAAAUCCAAUGUGUAAUAUAAAUACAGUCAGUUACUAAUUUUAGAACAAUACUAGUUUGCAUGUUUGUUACUUAUAACAUGUUGCACUGUUGAAAGAGAGAUGGAAUGCAGAGUUUGUUUCCUUCUUUCUUUUUACAUAUUCUUUUAAAUGUAUAUCCAGACUUUGCACAUUCCAAAUAAAUAGAAAAAUCAAUAAUUCCAUAACAUGUUUACUAACAAUCAAAAACCUUAAUGUAAAUGUAAUAUUCGUAUAUAUAAAAAAAUUAUAUAAAAAACUUUAUUAGUAUAAAAUUACUUCAGUGCUCUUUAAGUCUUUGACAUAAAUUCUUUGACAUAAAAACUAGAUUGGCGACUGUCCAUUUUAAAAAUAUCAGCUGUUUUGGUUUUUAUUAGGCUCAUAUCCAGAUGCCUCAUAAAUAUUAAUUUUUAGUAUCUUUGCCAAUCCCUGAUUAGAUUAUGAGCAAAGUAUGUGAGGUCUCCAAAUGAAAUCAUUGUAUUUGAUCCAAAUAUCACUUUUUUGUAUCAUCAAUUAUGUGUUUUUAUUGUGAUGUGUUACUGUAAAAAAAGAUUUGUUGGUUUAAUUUAAAAAAUUAAGUUAUCUGAUUGCCUUGAGUCAAUUUAACUUAAUUUCUAGUUAUCUAAUAUUUUUAUGCAAAAAUAGUUGUCAAUUAAUAUUUUUAAGUUGGAAAAACUGUUAAAAUGUUAAGGCAACCAGGUAACAUAAUUUUAAGUUAAACCAACUUAUUACUAUUGGCAGUUUUUUUUUUUAAGGCAUUGUAUUGUAUUUAUAAACAUCAAAGGAAGGCAAUACCUACAUCAAGGACCUAGUUGGGCAAAUACUAAAUCAUGUUUGAGCAAUAAUGACAUUUUUGAUUUGCGUUAUUCUUUUGUCAUGUAAAUGUGAGAAAUAUAUUUUUGCACAAAGUGUGAUAACCAUCAUUGCAUAUGAUCUAUGUAAUGUGCAAAUGUAAUUCUCAACGUAAUACAGCCUUACUGAGAAUCUGAAGCUGCUGUAUUGUUGCCCUAUGUGUCAGGUUAUGUUUAUGUCAGAUGGUUAUUUUUCUGUAGGACUGAUAAUGGCAAGGUCGUGUGCAUGCAAGCCUCAGUAGUACUGUAAAUCGGGCUUUUUGUGCUGAAAUCUCAUGUUUAUAUGCUGCAAAUGUUCUUCCUAGAAAGAAACUGUAGCAUCAUGGUAGCUUAUUUCCAAAGUGUGUGUUUUUUUUUUGGGGGGGGGGGG